UGAACAUUCCUGUUCCGGUCCUGUCUCAUCCAUUCCUGAGCGUUUGGGCUUGAGGACGAUGGCUUAAAAUGACCUGCCUAUAGUUAUAAAAUCAGAAUCAGAAUAAUUUCUAAAGCAGAAGCAGCUCCAGUGAUUGUGGCAGCAGUUUUGUAUGUUUUGACUUUCAGAAUGGCUCAAGAACCCAACCUCUAUGUGGAGGUUGCCCUCACUGAUCCUGAUUACAUAGUCUACCUUUUUGACCCUAAAGAAGAAUACAAUUGUUACUUUAUAGUUGGAAACCCAGAAUUGGGACCUACAGAGAGGAUUGGUGUUGUGAAGAAAAUGUUAUUGGCUCACAGUAAAGUUUUAAGAUUAUUAUUGCAAGAUUCUAAGAUAGCUGAAAAGGGCGAUGUCAAGCUCCUUGAUGUGUUUCCUAGAACUUUCAAAAACUUUAUGAGAUUUGUUUAUGGCCAUGAUAUUACCCAGAUGUUGAGUUUUAAUGACGCAGAUAACCUGUUGUAUGUCGCUGACAAAUACAUGAUGCGUAAUUUGAAAAACAGAUUGGCAACUCGUCUAAUAUCUAUGUUGGACUACAAUAACAUUUGUAGUCUACUCAACAAUCCUGCUUGCUACAAUGAGUUGCAGCUGAAAUCUGCUAUCACUGAGAUUCUACAGACAGAGACAAACCAAGUGUUAACUAGUCCUUGCUUCCCUGAUCUCUCCCCAAAUGGUUUCUUAAAAAUUUUGGAACAGGAGAUUUGUAAUGUGGCUGAGAUUGAGCUCUGGAGGUCUGCCAUUGAUUGGGCCAAGAAUCGAGGAGGAUCAGAGGAUGGGAACGUUUUGAGAAGUGAACUGAAUGAGCACCUAAAACACAUUCGAGUUUGUUCUAUGUCUGAUGAAGAAAUAUUGACUGAAGUGCUAACCAAAGAAGUACUCACACGUAGAGAACUGAAAUUUAUUGGCGAAACUCGUAAAACAAGAAAAGCACAUCCUAACUUGAAAACGGUUUGCAACAAAGUAAUGAAAAGGGUUUGCCCUUUUGUUCAAUCAGAGUUGACUGAACUAUCUCUACGCUGCGGAAGUGCCCAUGGAAACAGUUCAGACUCAAAAUUCAAACUCAGAAUUGAGAAAGCGGGAAUAGAACUGUGCUCUGUAGAACUUGACAGUUCAGAGAUGGAAGCUCAUCAGUGCAAAUGCACUAUAUCUGUGAGACGAGAGGGUGAACCACCAGAUAUUGUUGAAUUUCAAGGACAGCUCAACAAAGAUUCCUCUUGCCUUGUUCCACUCCUUAUAGAGAACGAGUAUGUCCGGUUGCUGCCAAACUCCAACUAUUUGAUCAACUUUAAAUUGUCAUGCUCUUCCACUCAUGUAGCAAUGCAUCCAUCUUUUGGCUUUUCCCUUUGGGUGACAGGAGACCACUUUACAGUCAAUUUUGAAUCAAAUUCUGAAGGAAAUAAAGUGGUUCAUGUUAAGAAAAUCUGGUACAAAACACUGACUCAGAGAGUGGAAACUGUUUAGACUGCUAUUGGGAACAUGUGGUCUAGCAUUUCAAACAAAACUCCAAGAUAAAAGUAAGCCUAAAGAAUAAGUGAUGUACCAGUGAAUUUGUUUCAUCUGUCUUACAUCAGAUGAAACAUCUCCUGAUCAAAUAUUUUUGAAUUUUAAUUAAGUAGCUUUGGUGCAGAUGAGAUAACCAUUAACAAAAUUUAUUGAUGGUAAAAUAAGAAAAGAAAAAC